AAAGCCGAUUGUCGUCAUCGCGGAGCACGCGUCUUUACGUUGCAUGUCGUAGCCGUUUGACGGUAUGUGGAAAGUAGCAAUGUCGGAGGAGGUUGGGAAGGCGCUACAGUCGGUAGUGGAGCGGGUGAACCAGGCGGCGGCACGGCGGCCCAAGACACUACCGGCAGUGCCACCCCGCCUCGUGGCUGUCAGCAAGACCAAACCCCCAGAGAUGGUUGUGGAGGCUUACAGACAAGGGCAGCGCGACUUUGGAGAAAAUUAUGUUAAUGAACUUGUGGAAAAAGCUUCAGAUCCUGUGAUUCUAGACUCAUGUCCAGAAAUCAAGUGGCACUUCAUUGGCCAUCUACAGAAGAACAAUGUCAACAAACUUUUGGGCGUGCCGAACCUGUUCCUUGUGGAAACGGUGGACUCGGCAAAACUGGCUGACAAGGUCAACAGUUCAUGGCAGCGCAUCAGAGGAGCCAGCACCCAGAGGUUAAAGGUCAUGGUGCAGAUCAACACCAGCGGAGAGCAGAGUAAACACGGCCUGCCACCGGAGGAGACGGUGAACACAGUCAAACACAUUGUGUCCCAGUGCUCCGCCCUGGACUUCUCAGGACUCAUGACCAUCGGACGCUACGGCUACGACCUCACCCUGGGCCCCAACCCAGAUUUUCAGAUGCUGCUGAGUCGGAGGCAGGAGUUGUGUGACAGUCUGAAGCUGCCUAUGGAGGAGGUGGAACUCAGCAUGGGCAUGUCUACAGACUUUGAACACGCGAUCGAGGUGGGCGCCACAAAUGUGCGAGUGGGCAGCAUCAUAUUCGGCAACAGGGAGUACCCCAACAGUGCAGCAAACACUCCAAACCCCAGCCCAGCUCCCAGCCCGGAGAAAACAGCCAAGACGGUGUCAGAGGAGGCUGCCAAGAAGAUGCAGCACCUCACUGUGUCUGAACACUAAGAUGAGCGUCUCCUCCUCUUAAAUACCUUUAAGAAAAAAAAAAAAGAAAAACUGUCUCCACAUGCAAACUGAGUAGAGCAGUGAGGCAGAUCGUUUCCACAGAGCCAUGUGGAGCUAGGAUUGCAAAGUCCUUGCCUAAUUUUAAAGUGUAAUUGCCUAAUCCUUACUUUUUUGUGUGCCCUUCUUGCUCUUUUAAGCAUUAAAAAGUGGCAUUCGGUACAGAACUAGUUCAACCUUUUUUAAAAGUAGUGUGUUACUAACCUAUAGUGCUCUGACUUCCUUUCCACAGAACUCUCUCCUACAAGAUAACUGGAUACAAGAAAAUCAACAACCCCAAUUCCAAAAAGUUGGGACACUGUAAAAUGGGAAAAAAAAAGCAGAAUGCAGUUUGCAAAUAUUUUUAAUCUAUAUUCAGUUAAAUACAGUUGAAAGACUAAUAUACUGUGUAUAUAUAUAUAUAUAUAUAUAUAUGUGUGUGUGUGUGUGUGUGUGUGUGUGUGUGUAUAUAUAUAUAUAUAUAUAUAUACAUUCAUUCAUUGCAAUUUUCCCAUUUUUCUAUAUUUUCCUAUUCUUGCUUGAUAUAUGACCUCAGUUGCCCAACAUCCUGGGUUCUCCGUUGUCGUAUUUUGCGCUUCAUAUUGGACCGCACAGUUUAAAUGGGAGACAGGUCUGGACUGCAGGCAGCCUGGUCAAUAUCUGCACUCUUUCAGUAUGAAGCCACACUGUUGAAAACCUUCUUGCUGGAACAUAUCAGGACAUCCCUGAAAAAAAAAGUAUCUGGACGGCAGCAUGUGUUGCACCUAAACCUAUAUGUACCUUUCAGCAUUCAUGGUGCCUUCACAGAUAUGUAAGUUACCCAUGAUGCCAUGGGCCCUAACACACCCACAUACCAUCACAUAUAGUGGCUUUUUACUUAAUACUUGUAAUUUUGUGUGAAGAAACAUUGUUCUUUAGCUGUUGGGCUCUUUGUCCAUGCAGUUUUUCAGGAAGUGGUGAGCUUUGCAUUGUAAUUGGAACAACUGAGCCUUUUGAGGUUGCCUCUUUCAUACCUAAUUAUGAUCCCUAAAUACUAAUCUGUGACCAGCUGACCUGUUUACCUGUAUAAGGUUCCAAACAGGUGUUUUUUGAUACUUUCCCUUUUUUGAAAUGUGUUGCAGGCAUCAGAUUCAGAAUAAGUGUAUAAUUGCGAAAAAAUGAA